GGUUAUGUUAUGAAAUUUCUCUCCCGUCUCGCCCUAUUUUAUUCUUAUCCAUGUCAUGAAACCAAUAAAAUUUUCCCUUCCCUUUACAUUUUACCGUCUGUAUAUGUUAGAUAAGUUGAGUUUACCCUCUAGUCUUGUCAAAUUUGACUGCGUGUGUGAAAUUAAAGUGUUUCCUGGAGCUGCUAUCCCUUAGAAACUUCAUGGAAUAUCACCUUAUUUAUGGGACUCAAAGCUUUGCGCAAAACACAUAUACUCUGUAGAAUUGUGAUAUCGCCUUCUAUGUUUUGAUGAUGGAAUUGCUUCUUAAAUCUUGGAGUGUUGAUCAAAACAUAAUUGACAAAUUUAUCGAAGCAGAUAUUGACUUGGAACUUUUGAAAGGCUUGGAAGAUAAAGAUUAUUUAUCAUUUUUUCCAACUGUAGGUAGCAAAAUUAGGUUUCGUUGCAAACUUGAAGAAUGGAAAAAUAAGAAUGCGGCACAAGAAGCAGCCUCAUCUAAGGAGUCUGAUGAAUCUGUUUCCCAUGAAAAUGACGAAGUAGUUAGCAACUCGGAACCAACAAUGGCUAUCAACUCGCAGUUACAACGCCCAUCCAAUGUUGCCGGCAUGAGAUACAAGCCACCGUCUCAUGAUGCUAUUAGAAACGAUUCCAUUCUAGAAACCAUAGCCCAAAACUUGUCUGCUGAUUCCGAAAACACAAGUCUGAAAGAAAGUCUCAGUAACGUAGAUGACCUGAAACAACUUCUCAGAGAUUCUAUUCUUGGUUGCGGAAUUCUAUCUUAUUAUGAGUCAAAUCAGUGCUUAACCAAAUUUUACGAGAAAGAAGUUUCUAAGAUUGUAAUUACUCACGAAUUACAGUGUGACAGUAGGAGUAAGAUCACAUCAGCCAAAUUGUUAAUAUUAAGAGAUUUGCUUGUACAAGUAUUUCCCUCAAUUGAGGCAGAGAAAUGGUAUUCUCCUUUUAAAGUGGGACCAAGUGGUGAGAGGCACUACGCCGCAGGAAAACUCCAAGAGCAGUAUUUGUACAUAAGGAAAAUUCUUUUAGGAAGUGGUUUGACUGUCAGCUUGAAGAGGCAGAAAGGGAACCAGCCAUCACAGUAUUCUGGAGCUGGAGAAGGAUCCAGUGGUUACAAUAUGUUUGAUUUUCUAUCGUAUGAUGAUGAUUCGAGGCCUGAAAUGAGUUUUGUCGAAACUGUUACAUCACCUGGCUUUCCUAACUCGGACUCACUGUCGUCUCAUGAAGUUGGAGGAUUAGGAUCUCAAGCAUCUACGCCAGACAUUAAUUCGAAUUCCCCUGAAAUAUUUUUUCGUUGUGCUGAAUACGACAGUAAUCUACGGAAACGGUUUUUCAGUAUGUUCUCCACAGGACGAAUGACUGAUAUUACAAUUGCUUGUGAAGGGAAAAGAAUUAAAUGCCAUCAACUUAUGUUGUGUGCUUGCUCACAUUAUUUUGACGAACUACUUUUCGAAAAUCCAAGCCAGCAUCCCUUGGUUUUCUUAAAGGAUGUAAAGUUCUGGGAACUUCGAACCAUCAUAGACUUCAUUUAUACCGGUGAACUUAAAAUAAGUAUAGAGAGAUUACCUAUGCUCUUAGCCGCAGCUGAAUGCUUGCAAAUCAAAGACUUGAUUGAAAACCUUAGAAUGCCAGACAAUCAGUCAUCUAGUAGGACCAAAUACAGUGAUUCAUCGAAUAGUGACCUAAAUUAUUCAGCUCGAAUUAGAAGUAACUAUCAUCAAAAUGAAGGAAGGAGCAGAAAAUCUCAUCGCCAAAGUGGUGUUGAUGUGGAUGUAUCGAAUUCUUGCCAUACCUCUAAUAUUCAUGAUCGACAGAAUCUAAAAGCUCCAAGUGCAAGGAUUAGUGAUGCACCCUCUUUAAAAAGAAUUAAAGUCGAGCGCCCUGACCAUCAUACAGAUUAUGAGAUGCAGGGGAGUGGCAAUCAAGGUUAUGAAUCUUGGCCUUCCUAAAUUUUGGGAAAUAUUCCUACUUAAUUUUUAAAUCAAACCGAGUUGGCUGUGAUAUGUUUAGUGCCAAAGCUUUUCGAAUGUUUAAUAGAAGUAAGUUAUUUUAUUUAAUUUUUGUUAAGUAUGUGUCUUUAUUGAAUUUGGCACUUAUUUCUAAUGCGUUGAAGCAAAGCAAAGUAUUUUUGGAAAGGUUUCCUAGUCUUUAACCGUGAAUUACAUGUGGUAUGGUGAGAUUUUUUUUUUUUUUGACAUAUAAAUUAUAAUAUUUAAUAAAGUAAAUAUAAUUUUAUUCUAAGCAAGAGGCAGAGGGUUCCAGAAUAUGUUGAUCAUUUGUAAUGAUUAACGCAAAGCACAUUUUACGUUAAUUUCUCAAUUAACAUGAAUUUAGAGCUUCAAUUAUGAGAUCAAAAUGGUUUUAAUGGGGUUAACUUAAUGUAGCCAAAAAUGAAAUCAAAAGAACUCAAAUGAAAAUAACUCACAAAAUUUUGUACUAAACAUUUUGAUGAGCUAAAGAAUUCCAUCAGCUUAAAUGCUAUUAAUUAGGCACUGGUGUUAAAACACAGCAUCAUCCUAUCAUAUCCAUUUGCUAAUGUAUGAAUGUGUGUGUGCAAGAUGGCAGUGGUCGUUGAUAGUGCAUCGUUCUUCAAUUUUUGACUGGCAUUCAUCCGCUUAUGAUAGAUUUUAUCGGAUUGAUUCCAAAUUUGACGUGGUUGAUGGUCUUUGUUUGGAACAGGUGUUUGAAGAGGCUGAAAGUCCCAAAUUAAAAAUUUCUAAAAUGUCCGUAAACCGUAUUUCCUAGUUUUUUUCAAUUAAAUAACGUGAAUUAACGGAAAAUGCAUCAAAGUUUCAGCCAACCUGAGUGCCAAUGAUUUUUGCAUUUUGCAAAAUAUUCUGUUCAUGGACAAAUUUUGAGUCAUCAGUGCCUGAAAAUGUCCAACCGAACCAGAGUUAUGGGACGUUGAAUGUUGCAGUUCUAACACGUAGCUUUGAGGGAAAGCUAUUAAAAAUUUUUAUCUGCCAUGUUCAGAAAACAAGAGUACUGGAUUAUAACGUAGCCACUAGCCAUACGUCCUCAAUCGGUACAAAAUUUAACCAAACAACUGGGAACUUAUUCUUUGGGAAGUCAGAGAGAUUUUUCCAUCUAAAUCUCAUAAUCUGGCUUACAAUCCAACUUGACAACAAUCAUUUUAUUUGAAAUUUUAUGUUUGUUGGCUGAAAUCUCUUCUCUCGUAGAUGGUUGCUUGGAAUAAAAGUGAAUUACUACCAAAUAGCAGUAGCACCCAAUGAAAAAAGUCGUAUUGCAAUUUAUUUGCGCAGGACUCCCUCUAAAUAACGAAUCUGCAAGGGACUAAACGAUUUUUCUUAAUGGAGAAAUUUUCAUUAUAACGAGCAGUGCUCAUCAAACAUAGAAAAUUUAUUGGACCAGACGAUUCCUUCACUGUAGAGAAAUUUUCAUUUUAACGGGUGUGGUUUUGUGGAAUGAUGUCUCUCUCAGCAUGGGUCAUGCCUUGGUCUUGUACUGGGCAAUUUACAUUUUGUAUCCAACAACUAGCCCUGCAAUGCAACUUGAGAUUGUUGUUAACUAGAAGUGUUGAGUGAAAACCUGUGAUUCAAUAAAAUGCCAGUAUUAAGCUUUUUUCUGCCACAUAGGGAACAUUGUGAAUACAUAUUGAUUUUUAAUCUCUCCGAAUUAUUUCAAAGAAUGAAAA